ACAAGAACUGAAACAGAUCCUGCUUUAGUUCAUUUUGCGGGACAAAAGUGAAUUCACCUUCGGCUUUUGGAUACAUCCGAUAAUCUGUGCUAUAUGAUUGGCCUGCUCUUGCCCUUUAUAGAGUGUCGUUUUGUUUUUUCGCGCCUCCAAAAUACAGCUGACAAUGGCAGGGCCAUCAUGCAUCACCGCCUUAAAAUACAAACUAUUCAAUUUAAUGUUACUUGUACAUUUGUCAGACUUGGCUUUCGGAAAUAUUCGCUACUCCAUUCGCGAGGAAAUGGAACCUGGCUCUUUCGUUGGAAAUGUCGCAGAGGAUUUAGGAUUGGACAUUCGCAGGCUGUCAGCUCGACAAUUCCGGCUGGCGUCUGCUAGUAAAAGACAGUGCCUGGAGGUGAAUAUGGAGACGGGUAUUUUAUUUACUAAGGAAAGGAUAGAUCGAGAGGAACUGUGUGGACAGAUAUCAGUUUGUGUUCUUCCAUUUGAGAUUGUAGUAGAACAACCUUUGGAGAUGUACCGCGGUGAAGUGGAGGUUAUUGAUAUCAAUGAUAAUUCGCCCAGAUUCCGGGAGAAUACCAUCCUCUUACAAAUGGCGGAAUCCAUUGCUAUAGGCUCCCGAUUUCCGCUAGAGAGCGCUCUCGAUCCAGACAUGGGCAUAAAUACAGUCACGACUUAUAACCUGAGCCCAAAUGCACACUUCAGUCUACAAGCGGAGACUGCCGAAGACGGUGCUACAAUUGUCGAGCUGUUGUUGGGGAAACCGUUGGACCGCGAAAGCCAGUCAUCCUUUCAGCUGAUGCUGACAGCUACCGACGGAGGGAGUCCUCCCAGAUCCGGGACUGCUCGCAUUCUCAUUACGGUGCUGGACAGCAACGAUAACGCGCCGGUAUUCGAUCGCAAAAUUUACAGGGUCGACCUGAUAGAGAACGCACCCAGGGGUACCUUGGUGGCUACAGUCCGUGCCACUGAUCCAGACGAAGGUUCUAAUGCUGAGGUAACCUAUACUUUCAGUAACCGUGUUUUAAAGAAAGUACAUGAAUUGUUCAGUUUGGAUCCGCGAACAGGAGAGAUUAGAAUCAAUGGCAUAAUUGAUUAUGAAGAAGGCAACACGUAUUCGCUAGAUCUUCAAGCUGUGGACAAUGGUUCACCUGCAAUUUCAGGACAUUGCAAAGUCAUGAUUAAGGUAAUUGAUAUGAAUGACAAUGCCCCUGAAAUUUUAUUGACGUCUGUGGUUAGCAUAAUUCCAGAAAGUGCUACUCUUGGGACUGUAAUCGCUUUGAUCGACGUAAUAGAUCGUGAUAGUGGAAAAAAUGGACAGGUGCACUGUGAAGUCCCGAAGAAAGUUCCUUUUGAACUUCAAACAACUUCAAGUACCCAUUAUAAACUGAUAACCACUGCGUCACUGGAUCGCGAAGUUACUCCUGGAUAUAACCUAUCUAUUUUAGCCUGGGACUCAGGGAGGCCCCCACUAUCAUCAAAUAAAACCGUCCAGAUUUCUGUUUUUGACGAAAAUGAUAAUGCUCCAAUGUUUGCACGACGCACUUAUACAGUUUAUGUGACAGAGAAUAACUUGCCAGGUGCUUCUAUUUUCACAGUUACUGCGACCGACCCCGAUGUGGAUCAGAAUUCCUAUGUCUCUUAUUCUUUCAAAGAGAUCCUUCGAGAUUCGCCGGCGUCUACCUACCUUAAAAUUAAUUCGGUGAGCGGGACCAUUUACGCACUGCGAUCUUUUGACUAUGAGCAAGUGAAGAGCUUCCAGGUCCAAGUUCAAGCCCGUGAUGCUGGAAUUCCUCCACUGAGCAGCAGCGCAACAGUCAAUGUGAUUAUCCUGGAUCAAAAUGACAACGCACCAGUCAUCGUUUCACCCUCAGCACAGAGUGGAUCAGCAGCAGAGGUGAUUGUCCCUCAGUCAGCGGGACAAAAUUAUUUGGUCACCAAGAUAAUCGCAACUGAUGCCGAUUCUGGUCAGAACGCACGGCUAUUCUACCAGGUAGUGAGAGCCACUGACCCCAGAUUGUUCAACGUGGGGCUUAACACGGGCGAAAUCAGAACAGCCCGUGGCAUUCUGGAGCAAGAUGCAGCCACUCAAUCUCUGAUCAUCUUGGUGAGGGAUAAUGGACAGCCCACCCUCUCCAGCACCGCUACAAUCGUCUUGUUGCUUUUUGGCAACCUUACUGAAAUAUCUUCAGAAAGCAACGACUUAAUCAGGGAUACUGAACAAUUUUCCCACUUAAAUCUUUAUUUGAUCGUCACAUUAGGAUCAACAUCGUUUUUAUUACUUGUAAUUAUCAUUGUACUUUUGGGCAUAAAAUGCAAACAAGACAAGAACUUUUCUGAAAGCAAUCCCACAAUAUGUUGUUAUAAGCCAGAGGAUUCCAUUGAUGGAUAUAGUCAAAGACCAGUGCCAAAAGGUUCUGAAAAUUACUGUGGACAAACUCUCCCCAUCUCUGACACUUAUCGUUAUACUGUCUGUCUAUCACCAGAAUCAUCCAAGACUGAUUUUUUGUUCCUAAAACCUUGCAAUCCUACCUUGCCACAGGGGCAUCACUAAUUUCUUUGGAAGUUUUGGGAGUUGAGAAUUUACCUUGUUUGUUGUGAUGCCUGUUUUACGAUUGAAUGCGACAAUACUACAAUUUCAGCUGAAUUGCAUUUGCCAUUUUUCACUUCAAGAAAAGACUUCGGUUUGUUACGCACAAACUGACGUGUCAGCUAAGUAAACUGCAAAGAUUUUUGCGAAGGAAACGUUAUGACAAGAAAUCAUAUCGAUAGGACCAUAAUUAAGCUUCACCAGAAAGAGAAAUAAAGUCAAAACAUUUCAUCUCUUGCCCAUCAGAGCCACAAUGCUAGAAACCAGCAUUUGGAAAAUGAAUAAAAACAGAGAGUGGCGGAGAAACUCACAGGCUCCAGGAGCAGCUAUGGAAAAAACAAAAUAGAAUUAUGUAUUUAGUUGCUUUGGCACUCUGAAGAAGUCACAUCAGAAACUUGAAAAUAAACAAACUGUUUCACUCUCCACCGAUGCUGUCAAACUUUUCGAGUUUUGCUAGCGUUUUUUGUUUCAAUUUAUAUUUUAGACAUCCAUAUUACUUUACUUUUACUUGGAUAACAACAAAUGUUUAUACAACAAGAGAGUUUCGAGACGCAGCAAGAAUGGAUACUUGUCAAUCCUAGUCCUCAGUGCAGAUAGGUAAACUUUGAUUGUUCACGGUGCUGCCAUCGAAAACCUCUUUCUGUUGCCAGAAUCGAUUUAUCUGCUCGGAGAAGAAAUGGACAAUUACAUGUUCCUACUGCAUAGCCAAACGAACAGCGAACAAACUAAUAAGCAGGUUAUUUCAUUACUGUAAAAACUGGAGUUCCCAUUCAAAACUUAAAUUCUUGUGUCCUAGCCCUGAUGAAUGAAACAUGAAAGUUGACUUUAUAUUUCGUUUCAGUAAAGUACAAGUCUUGAUAAUUAUUUAGAAUCCUAUUUUUUGCACCCUGCUGUCAAAUAUUGCAUUUUUAUAUUGCUUGGUAUUUACUGAUAAAAAUGCUCUUUGCACAAAGUUUUCGAUAGUUAGAUAUUGAUAGGAUAGAGCAUGAACUGAUUUUCGUUCAUUGGAUUUUGUCAUCAUUUUACAAGUUUCCAUUGUCUUUGCUAGACAAGAUGGCAAAACAUGUUUUUUUCUGAAGUAAUGUCUAGACCCGAAACAUCAGCUUUCCUGCUGAUGCUGCUUGACCUGUUGUGUUCUUCCAGGUCUACACCUUGUUAUCUAUCAGCCACACCUUUGUUCAUGGAUUUUAAUGUGGAUCCUCAAAGUUACUUGGUUGUGUUUUGGAUUUUCCUUAGAUUCUUCUAGCGUUCCUGUCAAUUUGCCUGAAAGUUGAGCUUCAGUUUGAAUAUCUAGAAUCUGAAGCAUGCCUAUCAGGGACAUGGCUUUCGGAUUAUUAAUGAGACGUGAUCUGGAAACAAAUGCAUCAAACAAGCCAAGAUAAUUACAUAUUCUUAACUUAUUAGAAGACCAUUUUUGACAUCUGUGUCUUUUGUUUAUGGGCCUUUCAUUUUUCUGAGAUUCCUAAGUUCCAGAUUUUUGGAAUCAUAUUUGAAGAAGAUGGCCCACGUGAUUUAUUCGGUACCAAAUGGUGAUGACUUAUUAUUUUGGCCGUGAAUUAGUAAACAGUUCCACAUUUUUAUGAUAAAUUACGCUUUAAAACGAUUUUAGUAGCCUUUGAAGGUGAUAUUCCAAAGUAAGCCGACCCCGUUGAUUUUACGGUUGUCCAAUUUUAAACAUACACGAGGACAUACUAGCUUUAAGAAAUGUUGAUGUAAUUGUAGAAAAGGGCUGGUUGUGUCGCUGUGUACCAAUAAGAAAGUCAAAUACAGCGUUAGAUCUAUCGUCCCUCCCUCAUCACUGCCAGAGACCAGGGUCUACCACAGAAGAGAGCAUUUCCUCUGUCUAGGUUGCGGAGACGAGAUCAAAAUCGCAACUUUAUACAUUCUACUUUGGUGUAUAUAAUUUAUGCUUAGACUGCCGUUUAAUAGACGACAGGCCUGGCUUAGUAAAACAUUCA